AUGGAAGGCAUUCCAGAGGAACUGAUACGAAGGCUUGAAGAGGAGAUUGAGGCGGGCGCCGUUUACGCCCUUGCCUCCUAUUCAUACGCCCCACAGGGCGUGCAGGAGGCCAUUGCAGUGAAGACCGCACUUUAUGCUGCUAUUGACAACCUUGCAAAGGAUAUGAGGGGUGAUCUUCGACGAUACUGUAUGGAGUUAGUGAGCGGUGAUUCGCACGGUCAUCCCCUGUUGCGGGCCAUGACCAGCUGGUUAAGAAAUUAUUGCAGGCUCUUCGGCAACUUUGGCGGAAAUAUGAUUAUAAAAUCAUUGAUCAAUUACAUUUCCGCCGGCUUCUACGAGCUCGAUGACACCUGCAUGCGUGGCACACAGAGCACUUCCGAUUUCACCGACUAUUUUCGUUAUAAGUCCGGAACCAGUGAAGCGUACGGUUUUCUGUCUUUCCCUGAAGAGUUGUUUCCAGAAAACCGCUACCUGGACAAAUAUCUCGCGGCCAUGCCUGCAAUAAUCGACUAUUUGAAUAUUGCCAAUGAUCUUCUCUCCUUUUACAAGGAAGAAACAAUGAAAGACGCGAUCCAUGUACACGCCCAUGCGAGUGCGAACCAUCUCAGCCAUUUGGAAUCUCUAAAGUGGUUCGCAGAGAGAGCCAAAAAGGCAUUUCAGAGAGUCCAGUGUCUUUUGUCUAGCGACGAGCCAUUGCAGCGGGCUGCCGAGAAUUUUCUGCAUGGCUAUAUAACAUUUCAUUUAGCCUCAAAGAGGUAUCGGUUGACUGAAUUAAAUAUUCCAGCUGCACUGGAGGCAAGAAGCCUUCUCUUGGAACGAUUGAGUUCUAUAAGAGAUGAUCCAGAUUGCGACCACCACAAGGCGGAGCCAGUUCAGCACUCCCGUCUCGAUUAG